GUGCUGCCAAUAAGUGCUACUUAUCAGUGCCAGUCAGUGCCGCCUAUCAGUGCCAUCAGUGCCACCUAUCGGUGCCAGUCAGUGCCACCUAUCAGUGCCAUAUAUCAGUGCUGCCUUUCAGUGCUCAUCAGUGAUGCCUGUCAAUGCCCAUCAGUGCCACCUACCAGUGCCUCCUCAUCAGUGCCCAUCAGUGCCACCCAUCAGUUCAGCCUACCAGUGUCCAUCACUGCAGCCUCAUUAGCGCACAUCAGUGAAGAAGAAAAAAAAAGGAGUUGAUUAAAU